AUGGCCGACGAAGUUUACGAGGGUGCCAUUGGUAUCGAUCUUGGAACCACAUACUCUUGUGUUGCCGUUUACGAGGGAACCAAUGUUGAGAUCAUUGCCAACGAGCAAGGUAGCUUUACCACCCCAUCUUUCGUUUCCUUCACCGACAAGGAGCGUUUGAUCGGUGAGUCUGCUAAGAACAAUGCCGCCAUGAACCCAAAGAACACCAUCUUUGAUAUCAAGCGUUUGAUCGGAAGAAGAUUCGAUGACCCCCACACCACAAAGGAUAUUCAAUCAUGGCCUUUCACCGUUGUUGACAAGGAUGGAUCCCCAUUCGUCCAAGUUGAGUAUCUCGGAGAGGAGAAGACCUUCUCCCCACAAGAGAUUUCAUCUAUGGUUUUGACCAAGAUGAAGGAAAUCGCCGAAGUUAAGUUGGGCAAGAAGGUCGAGAAGGCCGUCAUCACUGUUCCAGCUUACUUCAACGACAACCAACGUCAAGCUACCAAGGAUGCUGGUGCCAUCGCUGGUCUCAACGUUCUCCGUAUCAUCAACGAGCCUACCGCUGCUGCCAUCGCUUACGGUCUCGGUGCUGGAAAGUCCAACAAGGAGCGUAACGUUCUCAUCUACGAUCUCGGUGGUGGAACUUUCGAUGUUUCCCUCCUUAACAUCCAAGGUGGUGUCUUCACUGUCAAGGCUACUGCAGGUGACACCCAUUUGGGAGGUCAAGAUUUCGAUACCAACCUCCUUGAUCACUUCAAGAAGGAGUUCACCAGAAAGACCAAGAAGGACUUGUCCAACGACCCCCGUGCUCUCCGUCGUCUCAGAACUGCUUGCGAACGUGCUAAGAGAACCCUCUCCAACGGUGCCUCCACCAACGUUGAGAUCGACUCCUUGUUCGAUGGUGAGGACUUCAAUGCUCAAAUCACCCGUGCUAGAUUCGAGGACCUUAACGCCAAGGCUUUCUCCGGUACUUUGGACCCUGUUGCACAAGUUCUUAAGGAUGCCAACAUUGAUAAGAGCAAGGUUGACGAGAUCGUUCUUGUCGGUGGUUCUACCCGUAUCCCAAAGAUCCAAAAGCUCUUGAGUGAGUUCUUUGACAACAAGAAGUUGGAGAAGAGCAUCAACCCUGAUGAGGCUGUUGCUUACGGUGCUGCUGUCCAAGCUGGUAUCCUUUCCGGAAAGGCUACCUCAGCUGAGACUGCUGACCUCCUCCUUUUGGAUGUCGUCCCACUUUCCCUCGGUGUUGCCAUGGAGGGUAACAUUUUCGCCCCUGUCGUUACCAGAGGUCAAACUGUCCCAACUAUCAAGAAGAGAACCUUCACCACUCAAACUGUCCAAUUCCCCGUUUUCCAAGGAGAGAGAGUCAACUGCGAAGACAACACCUCCCUCGGAGAAUUCACCCUCGCCCCUAUCCCACCAAUGAAGGCAGGUGACGCAGUUCUCGAAGUUGUCUUCGAAGUUGAUGUCAACGGUAUCUUGAAGGUCACCGCUACUGAGAAGACUUCCGGACGUAGUGCCAACAUCACAAUUGCCAACUCCGUUGGUAAGCUUUCAUCUUCUGAGAUCGAGAAGAUGGUUGCAGAUGCUGCUGAGUUCAAGAGCAGUGAUGAUGCUUUCAGCAAGAGAUUCGAGUCCAAGCAACAACUCGAGUCAUACAUUUCAAGAGUUGAGGAGAUCAUCUCCGACCCAACUAUGUCCAUCAAGUUCAAGCGUGGUAACAAGGAGAAGAUUGAGUCUGCUUUGAGCGAUGCUAUGGCUCAACUCGAGAUUGAGGACUCCACUUCUGAUGAUUUGAAGAAGAAGGAGCUCGCUUUGAAGAGAGCUGUCACCAAGGCCAUGUCCACUCGUUAA